UUCUUCCUCCUCUGAGCUGCCCCUACUGAAGUCUUCCGUGGGAGCAUAAGGACAAAUAACAUCAGUUGAUUCUAGCUACUAUAUGUAUUUUAAUCGCAAUUCUACUUGCAGCAAAUGGCUUCAUAACCGUAGUCAUGGUAAUUUCAUGGCUUUUCUACAAUCAGCCAACCUAGUGUGAUAGCCUUAUACAUUGGGAUGACGAAUUGCUGCCUGUUAUGGGGAGUCUUUAUGAUUAUGGUCCAUAAAGACCGUAACGCCCAAUCCAAGUUCUCUAUCUUGUAUAUGAGGAGUAUGGUGUUGGAUGCAAUAUCAUGAGAUGAUAAUAGAAAUGUUUUGGCCAAAGAAAGUUUAGGUUGGCCGCAUCCAUCGUAGCGCUGUUGAAGUUCCAGUCAAUACAGUUAACAAACUUCCUACAUGUUAGGCAAUUUAAUCAGAAUCUCUUCAUCCUGCUCGGGCCGAGAUAGUCCAGUAUAAACGAGUCAAGCAAGUCUUCGACUCUUCGUUAUUCCAGAUCACUGUCAUCAACAUCUCUCUCACGUUAUACCAAUAAUUACGUUUCCAUGUGUUUGCGAUUGUUUAACAAUGUACAAUGCAUCAUUUUGGAUCUAGCGAACUUCGAUCACCUGGUCCGACGAAUCUUGUUCUAUCAGUCUUGAUCAACCGGCAGGCUGCAUGCCAAGCAACUUCGCCGCUCGCGAAAUAACCCCGGGAAUAUUGUAGCAUAUUGCUUGAGAAGCAGCUACUGGUCCGUCGCCUUUUUCAUAAUGUAUUCUCAUAACGGGUGGAUUGUUACACGGUGGGUGAGAUCUUAUUGAACGCGGCAAGACGUCACUUCUCAAAGGAAUAAUACUCAUGUUGGCUGCUUGGUGCAUCCGUUUUCGCGCUUGCAAUAUCUUGGGCGAUGCGGACACUUCCUGUGGCAUGCAUUAAACUUCCGGUGGCUGUCGACUAAACAUCAGUCUUUUCCAUUUUUGUGAGUGGAGUGGCAAAUCUAUGCGAAGCCAAGCUGCAUUAGUUGGCUUUUGUGAGCAGUCGAGUGGGCGAUGUUAUUACGCUGGUGCCCCUGCCGAUCACGUCUGAAAGGUAUUCGACCUGCUGGUACCGUUGGACGGAGUGCAGUCUGUGAGGCUUAGUGACAUUGUGGCAAGCAGGAUUCUUGAUCGCCAAGCGGACCAUCCCGCUGAAGAAAUAGCGCCGACAUAUAUGCGCUGCCUGAAGCGCGAGUUGCGAAUCAAACAGGCCUUUGGCAGGAGAGUUAAUUUUCUGGAAGUUACCGGUAUUGUGGCCAUUCCUGCAUUCUCCAAUGGAUAAAAGUCUACUUGCAGGUAGCGAUUUCUCUUGGCAGAGAUGGACAGCAUUAUGACAUCAUAAGCGGAAGACCGGAAGAUGAGGGAGCCUAUAUUUCUCCUUGCGAUUUGGACGGCAUUCCAGUUGACCACAUGUAGAGUAGACUGUCCAUUCGGUGACGGCCCAUGGAAGGCCAAGGUCAACCGAUGCCUGUCCCGCCUUCAGAUCACUGGGGACCACCUACUAGAGAUGACCCUAUUUGAGGGGAAGUCUCCGCGAGAAAUUGAAAGAAUUUGCGAUACUGCUGAUAUAGAGAAGUCCAUAGACUGUGCUGAAAGUGUCCUUAAUAAAGAGUGUAAAUGGGAAGACGUGACUCCAGAAACCCGCUUUUUGUCCUUUGAAGGAAUAAAAAACGGGUUAUUAUUUAUAUGCAGAAAUUCAAAACUUCAAAUCCGCAACCAAAUAUGCGCACGGUUACAGAAAGGCCCUUACAAAAACUGUACCAAACGAGAGACGAAGAUCUCCAACGCCAUUUUAAAGGAGGAGGGAAGAUAUGAUGACCCUGUAGAAAGAAUAUGUAGUAAAUAUCGAAUAGAAAGAUUUUGCAUAAACGCGAUUUAUCGAGACACGUGUGGAAGUGAAACAAGUGAUUUUAAGACGGAGUUAAAUGAAUUAAUAACGCCACCGACCUGUGACUGCAAGACACAAUACAGCCGAAAGGCUAUGAGGAAAGCAUUUCUUCGAAGUCAAGAUCGAGGCGAAUGUGUUGACCGAUCGGGAUGUUUGUUCCACAUACAGAAAGGCAUGACAGAGCGAGACCUCGAUAAAGGGAUGCUGUUUGCUGCCAAGGACCUCAAAGAAGUUUGGCAGAUGUGCAGCCAUUCUGAAGAAGAGCACACUACAAAAUUUGCGGAGGCCAUGGACUGCGUGGAAGAGAGUAACAACCAAUGUAACUAUAACGUCAUGAAAUAUAAACAACAAAAAACUACCGUCGAUGAUCUGAGGGAGGCAGCCUUUUUCAUGUGCGAUAGAUGGCAGAUCCUUGUCACAAAAGAGCAAAAAGAGGGAUGCCUGUUUUCCAAGCUAGAUGAAUAUAAUAACUGUGUAACAACACAAACAAAAGCCGAGUUAAAAACCAUCCGCCAUCAUCAGAAGGAUGAUUUAAAAACAUACCUCUGCAAAGAAUACCGGGCCAAAGUGAAAUGCAUCUACAAGACUUUCUCCGAGUGUAGCAUGGUUCUUGCCAACGUCUUGGAAGGAGUACUAAUGAGAAAACAACCACCGAUUUGCAGACGAUGCACAUCACGUGGGACAUUCCCAUAUAGGGCAGGCGCCACCACAAACACUGUAACGUCAUCAAUUAUUGUGAUAUUAGGAUUUUUCCACUUUAUUGUACUUUUUGGAUGACGUUGGAUGUGAUAUGUGUAGUUUCAUCAUUCGUUGUGCCUGUGCUCUCAGCAUAUCAUUGUCCAACCCAUUUGCCCAUGGUAAAAGUGACUACACCAGUAACCUCGUGAACCAUUAGACUUCUACCUAUUCUAGGGGUAGGCUGAUGUUCUUGGACAAAUAACGUGCAAGGAUCAUGGUCACGUUUCAUUUUUUCAGGCGAACCGACGAUCAGUGCUGAUGGAAAGCAAUGUUAUCAUCAAAUACAAAAAAAUGAUUUUCUGAGAAAUGUAAUUUGUAGAGACACGAAUAGUUUUUCUGCCGUCAUAUAGCAUAUUUCUCAUUUAUUCGCCUGUGAAAAUUUCAUGACUAAGUUUCAAGAAGAAAAAGUUAAAAUCUACAAUGAAAGAAAUUCUGUGCGUAAAAAUAUACAGAGGCACUUUGUGGAUAUGACGCAGUCCCGUUACGUCGAAACCACGUGGGAAUAAUCCAAUACAAAGUCGAUUUUUCAUCUCUUGAGCUCGAUUUUUGCAUACAUGUACAAAACAAACCUUUUC